AUGGACAUUAUCUCCAAGAUGAGCGAGGGUGGUAGUAUGCUGUCGAAGAAAUCGAGAAAUACACUCAUUUGCAAAUCAAUUUGGUUUUCACGAGAGACAACUGAAUCUCCAGUUUAUGAUAUUCUACAGCUUAAAGUGCUGCACACAGGCCGCCUCAUGAUUCAGUUGGCAGGGUAUUCGAGAUAUCGCACACCCUUUCAGUGCCUAACUGCCACGCAAUCCGAAGGUUCCACGAGGGCUGUAAUACUGCCGGGUCGCGCAAGCCUAGACAGGGGAAGUCGAGAGGCAGAAUUCGGGUUCGAUCCACGGACUUUACGAGGAAUAACUACUAUUUUGGCAGAGAUGGCCCAAGUGGUUAGAGCGCGAAUUUACU